AUGCGAAGACCAUGGCAUCUCAUCCUGACACUGCUGGUCAGUGUCCAGGCUAUCGAGAUUGAAGUAGACAAUCCAGAAUCAGUGAAAAGAGCCAGCCAUGCGGUGGCCAAAAACAUGCUUGCUCACUAUACCGGCAUGAACCCAGGCGAUGUACCGGGCAACUUACCUGAUCCUUACUAUUGGUGGGAGGCCGGUGCGAUGUUUAGCACGUUGAUUGAUUACUGGUUUUACACAGGGGACGAUACGUGGAACGAUAUCACCAUGCAGGCCGUGCUCUGGCAAGCAGGCGACGAUGGGACAUUUAUGCCAAUGAAUCAGACACGCACCGAGGGCAACGACGACCAAUCCUUCUGGGCCUUUGCAGCCAUGUCAGCCGCUGAGCGAAAUUUUCCCAAUCCACCUGAGGGACAAAUAAGCUGGCUCGCCAUGGUCCAGUCAGUGUUCAAUACUCAGGCUCGGCGAUGGAACACAGAGACUUGCGGUGGGGGGUUGAGGUGGCAGAUCUUCAGCUUCAAUAACGGAUACCAUUACAAGAACACAAUUUCGAACGGCUGCUUCUUUAAUCUAGCCGCACGCUUGGCCAGGUACACGGGAAAUCAGACAUACGCCGAUUGGGCCGUUCGCGCGUGGGACUGGACAACAUCGGUCGGGUUCAUGACAGAGGAGUAUCUGUUCUGGGACGGGGCGGACGACCUCAAAAAUUGCACCGUAUUCAACCAACUUCAGUGGACGUACAACUCCGGGGUGUAUCUUCUCGGCGCUGCCACCAUGUACAACCUGACAAAUGGCGAUCCGAUCUGGAGGGAACGGACUGAGCGCAUUCUCAACGCCACAAAGGUUUUCUUUACGAAAGACGUAAUGUACGAACGAGCCUGCGAGUCCGUUAACACUUGCGAGGUUGACCAGCGGUCUUUCAAAGGCUACCUAGCCCGGUGGAUGGCAGCGACUACCCAAAUGGCCCCGUUUACCAUUGAUGAGGUAAUGCCCAAACUACGCGCCUCGGCGAGGGCAGCAGCCAAAACGUGCACCGGAGGGUCAGAUCAAUCGUCCUGUGGUCUCAAAUGGACAUCGGAGAAAUGGGAUGGUAGUGAUGAUGUAGGUAUCCAGAUGGCUGCAUUGGAGGUCAUACAAUCGAUUCUCGUCGGCGACGUUGAUCCCCCGGUAACAGAUAAUACGGGAGGCACCAGCAGAGGCGAUCCUAGUGGCGGGUCUAAAUCUGAGGAUCCGCAAACCCAUAGUCUCACCGGGAGCAUUACUGCUGCGGAUCGUGCUGGAGCCGGUAUCCUAACCGUUCUGAUGGCGCUACUAGUGUUCGGAACCGUGUGGUGGGCGGUAUAUGAGUAA